GGGGCAUGUGCGCGCGCCGCCCCCAGAGCGGCAGCGGCGUCGGCGAGUUUACCAGCUGUCUGUUGUCUGCUCUGUGGCCUGCACGCUUCUGGGCAUUGAAGACUUUUACCUGAUGGAGUUCAAGAUGGCCAGUAACCUGUGUGCCAGGUAGCAUUCUAUGCCAAACUUGAAUGCCAACAGGACGUCUCGGGGCAGCAAACACUUCCAAGACCGUAGCUUGGCCGUGGAAGUAGCCUGGAGAAGAUAAAAGAUAGCUCGAAACGAUGGCGAAAGUACAGAGAGCCCAGUAUACCUCCCCACCCGAUGGCGGCUGGGGCUGGAUGAUCGUGGCUGGCUGUUUCCUUGUUACCAUCUGCACCCGGGCAGUCGCAAGAUGCAUUUCCAUUUUUUUCGUUGAGUUCCAGACGUACUUUGCUCAGGAUUAUGCACAAACGGCAUGGAUUCAUUCCAUCAUAGACUGUGUGACCAUGCUCUGUGCUCCACUCGGGAGUGUUGUCAGUAACCAUUUAUCCUGUCAAGUGGGAAUCAUGCUGGGUGGCUUGCUUGCAUCUACUGGCCUCAUCCUGGGCUCAUUUGCCACCAGCCUGAAGCACCUCUACCUCACUCUGGGAGUUCUUACAGGUCUUGGAUUUGCACUUUGCUACUCCCCAGCAAUCGCCAUGGUUGGCAAAUAUUUCAGCAGACGGAAAGCCCUUGCUUACGGGAUCGCCAUGUCAGGAAGUGGCAUUGGUACCUUCAUCCUGGCCCCGGUGGUUCAGCUUCUUAUUGAACAGUUUUCCUGGCGGGGAGCAUUACUCAUUCUUGGGGGCUUCGUUUUGAAUCUCUGUGUUUGUGGAGCCUUGAUGCGACCCAUUACUCUGAAAGAGGACCCUACCACUCCAAAGCCAAACCAUGUCUGUAGAACUCAGAAACAAGACUUCCGGUGGGCAUCUCCCUGUCCACCUUUGACCAAAGAAUGGCUGCAGACCUGCCUUUGUUGCUCUUUGCAGCAGGAAUACAGUUUUUUACUGAUGUCAGACUUUGUCGUGCUAGCCAUCUCUGUUCUGUUUAUGGCUUACGGCUGCAGCCCUCUGUUUGUCUACUUGGUGCCUUAUGCUUUGAGUGUUGGAGUGAGUCACCAGCAAGCUGCCUUUCUGAUGUCCAUCCUGGGGGUGAUUGAUAUUAUCGGCAAUAUCACCUUUGGAUGGCUAACAGACAGAAGGUGUCUGAAGAGCUACCAGUGUGUCUGCUAUCUCUUUGCCGUGGGCCUGGAUGGGCUCUGCUAUCUCUGCCUCCCAAUGCUUCAAAGUCUCCCGUUGCUUGUGCCUUUCUCUUGUACCUUUGGUUACUUUGACGGUGCCUACGUGACCUUGAUCCCAGUAGUGACUGCAGAAAUAGUGGGGACCCCCUCUUUGUCAUCAGCACUGGGCGUGGUUUACUUUCUUCAUGCUGUGCCGUAUUUGCUGAGCCCACCCAUUGCAGGAUGGCUGGUGGACACAACUGGCAGCUACACCGCAGCCUUUCUUGUCUGUGGAUUCUCCAUGAUAUUUAGUUCUGUGUUGCUUGGUCUUGCAAGACUUGUAAAGAAGAUGAAAAAAACCGAGCUGCGGUUUCUUGCCCAAGAAUCAGACCCCAAGGUGCAGCUAUGGACCAAUGGGUCUGUGGCUUAUUCUGUAGCAAGAGAACUAGAUCAGAAGGAUGGAGAAUCUGUGGCCACAGCCAUGCCUGGUUAUAACCCCACAUGACCAAUGGCCUUUGGACUGGGAAAUCCUCAGAGCUGAGAGAGGUGGGGCCACUGGAUUGCAGUAUACAUGUUUCUGAAGCAUUUUCUUUUGGCAGGAGCAUUGCCUUCCAAGGAGAUUGGUAUUUUGGGAUUAACAUUUUGAUUUUGGAUGAACAUGCUUUUAGGGGAGAACAGUAAAUAACAAACAAACCUCCCCAGAGGUUCCUCAUUUGGGGAUAUGGACUUCUUAUGGAUCACAUCACAUAGCUCCAUGGGGAAUACAAAGGCAGAGCUGAUAUGACUGGUUCUAAGUAAGGGUAAUGUCAAUGCACGACCAAAUCAAGUGUGCUUUGGGCAGCACUGUGUCUUAAAGUCUCCCUCCUCGGUCAGCAGGUAAAUGGCAACAUUGACAGACAGGUUUGCUCUUUGGAGGAUGAGGGUCAGCUCAGCUUGGGUGUGGUUGUGGAGGGUGAAGAUAUAAAACAUUUCCAUGAUGGAGUUUCUUGUUAGACUCUUAAAUAAGUAUGUUGAAGAAUAUUUUUGAUCUGCCAUGAAAGUGACACACACACCCCCGCUUUUUUUUUCUUUUUCCUUUUUCUUUUUACUCUGCUCACCACCACUUUGAGAAUCAUUGGCUACCACCAUUGGAUAGAUCUUCCAGGGGGGCUAGUAUGAUUUUCUACUUGAAAUUUUUCACUGGAUACUCAACGCUUUUUCAAAGACUGAUCUCAUCUCAAUUAUGAUCAUAGACAAUUUAGCGUGGCACCCCCCAAAAGUCCAUGGAAACUUUCCAUCUUAGCUGGAAUGUGAACACUCCUAAAACAUCCCAAUAUUUUUUUCUGCCGGGGUGGGGGUGGGGGCCGCGGGAAGGAAGUUCUUAUUUAAACAGCAGGCACAUUCUUAGUAAGAACAGGAAAUGCCAAAUUCCAACUGGGCGGGAAUAAAAUUCUCGAACCAGUAGGUCUCCACUAAAGUUGUUCUGUUCCCAUCAGACAGUGAGGUCCGUCAUUGCCCAACACAGACUGGGAACUCUGACCUGAAGAUGUUCUCCUAGAGAGAGUCUAAAGCUGAGCUUCCCUGCCCCGCUUCAUUCCUGUUCCAAGAUCCACGCUCUCCGCUGCUAUGGACAAUCAUUGGAAACUUGGUGGAACUUUUCAGCACAAUGAGACGGUUUCAGGGGAAAUGUCAGCACUCCUCCCCCCAUGUAUCCAAGCUUCUGCCAGGUCAGAAGGGGGAAAUCGAAGAAGGCGACAUGUGUGGCAUCUAAGAGGUUUCAGAACCCUUCCACAUACUUUAGCUCACUGGAUUAGGAAAGUUUACUCAUUCCCAAGUACCUCUGUUUCUUAUGAUGUGUGACCACUGUGGAUCCUUCCGAUUGAAGAGCAGGGCGUGGAGAGAGAGAAAGGAAGAAAGGUGGGAAAAAUAAAAUCUGAAGCUUGAGGAAAUAUUUUUACUCUGAAAGCCACUUAAUCCCACUGUCCUCACAAGGGCACUGUCCAGGGAACGCAGCAGCGAGGAAGAUCCUGCAUUGACUGGGCUGCCCAGCAGGACGCCUUCCCUAUAACUGCCUUCUGCAGGUUAAACUUUGAUAAAACCGACAAAACGUCAAUCCAUUACUUCUAAAACAAAGGUUUUACUUUUGUUUGAUGGAAGAAAGUAAUAUUUCAUUUUGAGUUGUUUUCCAAAGAGAAAUGUAAGUGUUACCUUUCUACUUAGGCUGAGAAUUUCCUUUAAAUCCAUUGACUGUCUUUUGUCAGUAAAAAGAAUAAUUUUGAAAUAUUAUAAUGUUUGUGAUUAAAAAGAAUAGUUUUGAAAUAAUUUGAAAAUAUUUCUUAAAAAGUCAAGGUUAAUUUGUUUGGAAUAGUGCUGCGUACUACAUGUCUUUUCUUGAGUCUUCAAGUCUAAAGACUUUUUGAAAUAUAUUCUUAAAAAAAUAUUCACAUCCAUGUCUUUUUUCAUAACAGUAAUCACAAAAUUUGUAUGCGGUUCUGUAAUAAUAAUUUCUUUAAAGUAUUACCAGCAUUCAUGAAAAUAAGCAUAGAGACCAGAGCUUUCAAAGAUUUGUGUAAAAACCUUUGUAAUGUUUGAUUUUAUACAUAUGGAAGUUUUCAUUUUCAUUUAACCUUUUGCAGCAAAAUUUUUAGAAAACCAGUAAGAAAAAUGCAGAUCUUCGAGUCCUACCAUUUUGUCACCUACACAAAAUUUUACUUUUAAGGUUCCAUGUGCCUGCACUGCUCAUUUUUAAAAAUUGAAGGAUGCAAGGGAAUGGUAUAUUUUGUGGGAUCAAAAAAGUGUGUUGAGAGGUUUCGACAUCUCAAAUAUUUAUUUACUUGACAAGCUAGACUUUGAAAUGGACUGACUAGACAGCCGGAAGACACUAACCUUUGUAGAUACACUGUAUCCUCCCACCUUUUUUUCAUAUUGUAAUUUCACUAAGAGACCAAAUAUUUAUGUUAAUAUUUUCUUAUUUCAAAAGCACAAUAAAGAAUUUAUAAUCAUGUUGCAAGAC